AUGCCUCCUUAUACCCGCGCGACCCUAACGAACGCAACACAAUUCCUCCUCCACGCCUUCUCAAGCUCUUCCGACCUCCCAACGCUGCUAAACACAUUCACCACCUCACCAAGCCCAACAGUACACGAGCACGGCCUCCCACAGCUCGCGCCCUUCCUGGGCCGCACAUUUACGGGCCGGCAGCAGGUGGAGGAGUACUUCAACUUACUGAGCGAGCACCUGGGCAUCGAGAACAUGCGGUUCGACGACGAGAAGGAGUGGGCUGUUGAUGUUGAGACGGGGGUCGUCUGUCUGAAGGGGUAUGCGCGGUUUACGAGUAAGAAGAGCGGUCAGGGGUGGGAUGAGGUGUUUACCUAUCGGAUUGGGCUGGUGCGGGAUGAGAAAGAGGACAAGGUCAAGGUGAGGAGAUAUGAGGUUUGGGCGGACACGGGUGCUGCUUAUUUGGCUGCGAAGGGGGAGUUGGAGAGUUUAUCUUAG